UCUCUUGGAUCUCAAAACAAACAGAAGAAAAAAGCCAUGGCUACAUCAUUGACAAUGGCGGCUCGUCGAGCUGCAACCAACUUCACUCAAGCCACUUCUCUUAUUCAGCGCCGUGGCCUUGCCGGCUCAGCUGAGCAUCACGGGCCUCCUAAGGUCAAUUGCUGGAAGGAGCCGUUGAAUCCUGGCCAAUGGAAGGAAGAACAUUUUGUGAUUGUAUCUUUGUCCGGUUGGGGCUUGCUUUUCUAUGGUGGAUACAAGCUCUUCACUGGAGGCAAGAAGAACAAAGAAGAGAAUUUGGUGCCAGCAUCACAAUAAGGUGGGAAUUUCCGUCGCAUCAUACUGAGGUUGGGAUAUUUCAAGUCCGAAACUGAGAAGUUCUCUCUAAUAAUCCAGCUUUUUGGACAUUCAAUUCUCAUUUUAUGAAUUUUCUUAUCAUUAUAAAAAUUACCAGAGAGCCUGUGAGCUCCUAAAUGGUGGACAAAAGUUGGUUGCAUCAAUACUGCAACACACUUCUUUCUUUUGUAUGCUAUGAUGGUAAAUGAAAUUGGUUUUUGUUCA